AUGCCUCCUCCCAUCGACAAGCAGGUCCAGUCCAAACAUGACAGGUUGCCCAUGCCUUUCGAGGCCUGCCCGUGCAAAGCCAUUCGGCUUAAUCAUCUUCUUCACUCCACAACGACUGGUGGUGAUGCUGCUUCGGCCGAUCACUUUUUGAGGUCAUCUUGCCAUCAACUCAUCAUCAUUCCGACUAUCCUCAACCUGUACUACACACAUCGUGGAGGCUACAGUCGUGCUGGGCAGCUGCGCCGAGUUGGGUCAAAUUGGGCCGAUUGGUUGGGUUUCGCGGCAAUGGGUGGGAUUCGCCGUGAACCGGCUCAACUUGUCGACGAGAGUUUGCCAUAA